GGCCUAUUUUAGGGUUUCGUGGUUUCCAUAUAAAAAUCUACCUUUCUUCUUCUUUACUAAUGCUGUUGUGCGCCAGGGUUUUUCGCCUCCUUAUCAGAUUUUGAAGACACACCUGCACACACUCUAGAACUACUACACCAUGGCGGAACAGACUGAGAAGGCGUUCUUGAAACAGCCCAAUGUGUUUAUUUGCUCGAAGAAGACGGGGAAGGGCAAGAGGCCAGGAAAGGGAGGCAACCGAUACUUCAAAAGCAUUGGGCUGGGGUUCAAGACUCCUCGUGAGGCUACUGAAGGCACAUAUAUCGACAAGAAAUGUCCCUUCACUGGUGAUGUGUCCAUCAGAGGCCGUAUUCUUGCUGGGACAUGCCACAGUGCCAAGAUGAUGAGAACAAUCAUUGUCCGUCGGAACUACUUGCAUUGGGUUAAGAAGUACCAGAGAUAUGAGAAGAGGCACUCGAACAUUCCGGCACACUUAUCUCCAUGCUUCCGUGUGAAAGAGGGUGACCACGUUAUUAUUGGCCAGUGCAGGCCUUUAUCAAAAACAGUUAGAUUCAAUGUUCUUAAGGUGAUACCAGCUGGUUCAUCUGGUCUUGGCAAGAAGGCAUUCACAGGAAUGUAAGUUUGGUGAUUUGGAUUAAAGAGUUUUGAAGGAUGGUUUAAGAUUGUUUUACUUCUUUCAUUUGGUCGAUUGUCACUCCUGACUUGCCCCACUGGCUUAAUUUCUUUUUGAAGUUCCCAAUUUGUAUACUCUAUUAGCAAGCUUUUGAAUUUAAUCCAUCUAAUUUAUAUUAAUCUCUUAUUAAUUUGGAUGUUCUCUA